UCCCGCCGCGCGUUCCGGUGGCGUCCAAGAUCGCCAGCGCCGCUUCCGGUUAUGCGGCAGAGGUUCCCGCCCCGAGCGUCGACCGGUCGCCGCCUGCCACGGGCGCCAUGAAGAGGACCGCACGAGCCGCCGCCUUCUACCUGCUGCUGGUCGUCGGGCCGCUCUCCGCCCAGUCGACGCCCGCCGCCCGGCCGGGGUCGGAGGUAGAGAGGUGUUCCCCCUGUCGGUGUCCCGAAGAACCUCCCUCUUGUCCCAGGGGCGUGGCCGUGGUGACGGACGGAUGCGGAUGUUGUCCCAUCUGCGGAAGACAACAGGGCGAAGCCUGCGACCGCGUCCAGCUGUGCGACUCCGGCCGACGGCUACGAUGUCACUACCGACGUCCCCGAGAUCCCACCGGCAUCUGCCAAGUGGAACAAGGUCGAAGCUGUUUGGUGGCGGGACGAGUCUAUCCAGACGGAGAGACGUUCAAGUUGGACUGCAGAACCCAGUGCACCUGCCAGAACGGAACGUACGGCUGCGUGUCGCUGUGCCCUCACGAGAACAUCCGUCCAUCCGGAAACUGCCGGAAUCCUCAGCUCGUGCCUCUACGUAGUGCCUGCUGUCGCGAGUGGCUCUGCGAAACGUCCGUUUGGGAACAUAAAGAACCGGACUGCGAGAGAUAUUCUUCGGAGUGGUCGCCGUGUUCGGUCAGUUGCGGGGCGGGAUGGUCCUCCAGAGUGACCAAUCACAACGCCGAAUGCCGGAUGAGAAAGGAAAGUAGAGUCUGCCAAAUAAGACCCUGCCAGAAGACGACGGGGCCACCGGCCGUAGGACACCACACGAGGAGGAACCAUCUCUGCAGAGCGACGGUGAAGAGUUCGUCGCCCGUGCGCAUCGUGGACGACAGGAACUGCUCUAGCGUCAAACUGUACGAACCGAAAUUCUGCGGCCGCUGUCGCGGACGGCGCUGCUGUCGACCGCGACUGUCGACCACGGUGGAGAUGACGUUCGACUGCUCGUCGUCGGACCGAGAAGAAGGAUCGCCGCUGCGCCUGGCCAGGGAUUACAUGUGGAUCGUCAAGUGCGUCUGCGACGACCGUUGCUAACGCCCACGCAUAUCGGCUUUUAACAACCACAAAUUCAUAGUUUUUUAGGCGGCGCGGCCGCCCAGUAUACGACGGUGGCCGGUCGUCCGGAAUUCGUCUUUAGAACUCGUGUCGGCCCCCACGCCUUCCGCCCGCCCCGUCCCGGACGGCUCUCCCCCUCUUAGAUCCCAUCUCCCCAACACUUACGACGGUCUGUUCACCAAAUACGUACGUUCCGGCACCGCGCUCCCGACAACCUUAGACUCGCACCGAUCCUUGUAAUGAACGAAUUAAAUAUUUUGUCACGUUUACCUUCGUUCCUCUUCCUUACCUCUUCUCGCCGGUCCGAAUCCCCUCGUUUCUUACUCGCCUCCCCAAACUUUCGCAAUUGCAUUCUUUUGCAAUUCCGAAACGUCCGCCACGCGCCGACUCCAGGCGUUUGGGUAGGGCGGUGUUUUCCACCGUCUUCGCGGCCCGUAAAAGAAGACGCGAAACGGCAAGGCGAAGGAAGCCUCCAUUUUUUUUUUUUUGUUUUCGUUUUUAAGACGCGCGUGACGUAGAUAACGAAGGCGGACAAAGACCGCGCGGAUUCCGGUUUCGGCACCGCCUCUUUAAAUUCACGCGGAAUAUAAGAGAGAAUGUUUUUUAGGUCGAACGCCACGCGCCUUCGUAUACACCCGGAAGAAGGUCGAACGCCAUUUUUCCACUUCCGGUAGGCGAAAAGACCGCGCGUCCGUGGGACGACGUCGAACCGAUACUUAUAGAAACGCCGACGGGCUACCGAUACGUUAAUUUCCGCUGAAAAUAGUUUGGCAUCCACCCGUUUUGCACUUCCGGUUGUUAUAUACGACGAAAGAAAAAUAUGGCCGCAAAAAGAGACUUUUACAUUUUGCGAGACUCGGGCAAUCUCGAAACGUAGAGAAAUGAAAAAAAACACUCGAGUUUUUUUUCUGUAUGUAUAAAAGUAGAUACUUUUUUCGGCUAUAUUUUUGAUAGUUCUUGCAAAGUUUUAUCGUAACUUUCAUCCAGAAAUUCCUUUAGUGUGUGAUGUCUGGUGUGCGUGCGUGUGUGCGUGAGGUAGUGGCACGAUUUUUCGUCCGCUUUGAAGCGUAAAAUUCCGUGUCCUCUGUCGAAAUUUUCUUAUUUUGGAGGCAGGUUUGUCUACCGGGGCGACGAUGCUAUUCAAUUUUGCCGGUCGAAGGUGGAUUAAGUGGGGAGGUAGAAGGGAGUCGCGCGUCCUAUGUGGAGUGGGAUAAUGAAAAUGUUACUACCAUUUACAAUUUUUUAUACAACUCGCCUCUACUCCCAAACUAACCUUUUUCCCAUUUUAUAAUAAAUAAUAAUAUAAAAAGUUUUCGAUAAAAUACGGUAACGGAUGGCGCCGUCGCAAUUUAAAUUUCUUGCCGGAAAAGUUAAGUAACUGGUGGCUGGAUUUUCUAAUAACGAAACCGGCCUCGAUCUUCGCACGAUUUUGCAAACUUGUCUGGAAUCCAAAAAGUGGAAAACCUCUGUCUUAAUUAAGACACGAAAUCUUACUCUCUCGUUCCUCCCGCUGGACAAUUUCCAAGCGUCGUUUUCGGACUAAGAACUUAAAAAUUCGUUUACUGCUAAAGUUUGCUAACGAUACUCCCAGCGGUUAAGGCGUCAACCUACCGCUCCGGGGUCCCGUCGUCAAAUUCGGCGGUGGAAACCCCCGAAACCCCGGAAAGGUCGCGUGUACCCGAUAUUUCGGAUCCGCUUCCGGUCACCCGGUCGUUCUAUUCGGAGUGGCCGAACCUACUUUAAAAGGGCCGACAAAAUUUUCGGCCCUUUUAUUGCCCGUGGAGCGGAGAGUCCAAAAAAUCAGCAAUAACACGAAAGCUAAAUAACUUUCCGUGAAAGCGGAGGGAGAGGAGUAAAACUGCAAUUUCUUUACCGAUAGUCGCUAAUUAUUCUUACAGUACAGUACGUUAGUGCCUAACGUACUGUACUGUACAAGUAGAAAGAACGUUUCCGUCGUCCGUUUCUGCGUAUCGGCGAUAAGCCUCUGACCUAGUUCCGCUGGCGGAUACACUGCGACGGAAAACAGAAAAAGAAAACGAAAAGAAAUCGUUUAUACAUCCAUUUCGAUUUUAUAAAAAAAAAAUACAGAAAUUCGAACGACCCGUAUUAAUGGUAUGGCAGGAACGACGUCAGAAUUGCGAGACGAAUGAUCGUACGACGAUAGCAAAUGGUUGCAAUCGGAUUCCCGUACGUGUUUUCUGUUUCUACUUGUUUUAUUUUUCUUUUUUUUUUCGUGCAAUAAACUUUGUAUCCGCGCUGGUAUUUUUAUGCCGAGCUUAAUUUUUUUUCUAAAGAAAAGGAAUUAGGAAAAGCUCGGCAUGUAACACUCCGGACAGUUAAAUAUCUACGGAUAUUUAAAGACAUUUUAAUGUACAGUACAGUACAAAUACGUUUACCUUUACCCUAAAAAUAUUCAUUCGAAAUGCCGAAGUUACCGAGUUAUUUAAGAAAAUUAACCAGUAAACCCAACGUCGCAAUGUACUGUACAAUACAUUGUUGUACGACGUCGUCGAGGUAGAAUUCUACAAUCCGAAAGAUAAUUCGUUUACUAAGCGGUGUUGCGUGCAUAUCCCGAAACGAUUUAAUUCCAUCGAUAUUUUCGAACGGAAGAAAAUCGGAAAUUCCGGAAAGACUAAAUAAAUAUUUUUUUAGUCCGGGGCUUAACUUUAAAUCUCUUUCCGCCACUAAUGGAAAGAGAAAUCGGCAUUAAGAAUAAUAAUUCCUUUUCUAUUUGGUUACUUUUUAUAAAUAAGCGUAGGCUUCGAAUCGAAUCCGUUUCGCUUAUUUUUUCGCGCGUUUCUCGCUUCUUCGUCACGAGCCAAAAUGAGGUAUUUCGCGCGAGAAACUGUUUUUUUUCUUUUUCUGCCACUUCUCGUAGCGUUUAACGUCUUUUUUGAUUCUGUUUGUGUUCGGAAGUUUCUACACGCCGUUAGUAGUUAAUUUUGUGGAAAAUGACACGCACCGCAGACUACUAUUAAAACUUUCGUUAAAGAUACGAGAUUUGUAUUUUCGAAAUCAAAUAUUAAUUUAUGGGGGCGUUGUUUAGUAAAGCGCCUUUAUCCAGCCGCAUAAACGAGCCAAUGACGUAACGGUUUGGUUGGAAACGGGCUCGUUUACGCAGCCGUAUUUUAUUAGACACGGCGCCCCGUAAAUUUCGAAUAGAAACUAGAUUAUGUUCGAACGGAAUAAGAGUGGGAUGUAUUCUUUAGUCGUAAUUAAGUUAAAACAUGGUCACGCAAAAUUGUUUAAUACCCCGUUUUCCCGCAGUCUACGAUAUUAAUGAUCCGUAUCAAAUUUGGAAGAGUCGAGUGCCUAUAAAUUAGAAAAAGUCGACGUUUUACCUUAAACGAGAAAAGAUACUUUCAGACAGCUCGUCGAAUUAAUGGCAAGAUCAUACAAAAAUGUACGCAUUCGUUCUUGGAGAAAAGCGGUUAACAUCGGACGCGUAAUGGAACUACCGUAGAAUGCGCGGAACUCGGGCUUUAUUAGCUGUAACGAAAUCGAACAUAAAAAAAUAUGAAAAUUAUCAAAAUUUAUCAGAAUAUCUGACUUUUCUUUCAAACACCCGAAAAGUUUCUAUUUAAUUUUGUUAAAAUAGAUUAAAUUUCAAAGAAAUGUCUUUAUAAUACGAUUAUAUAGGCUAUCUAUUUACAAUACGAGUAUCGGAUCGAAAUGAAAACGCACCCCUCAAUAUCUGAACGAAUGCUUUCCGCGCCGUCCUCGUCGAUACUAUUUUUUCCCAUAUAAAAUCGAUCGACAUGGCGGAACACGUUUGCCAACCUUCCCAGGAUUUUUUUAUCAAUUGUCUCCCCAAUGCCAUUACUUUAGUCCGGGAGGUCUUCUUAUAGCGACUGCAUUAUUUUUCCUCCUCGAUAACUUAUCGCGAAUAACACGUACGAGUCUUAAACGAUUUUAAAAAACAAUCUAAGCGCAAAUAUAAUACUCGUAUUUUGUCGAGAAAAUCGCGCGUAAUGUUAUAUUAGCGACGCGCGGAAAACGGAUGAAAUUUAAAAGAAUUUAAGAAAAAUAGUCAAACGAUUUUUUGGGGGUUAAAACCUUUUUUUAUAUAAACUUCGACAUAAAUUGGGGAAGUGAGAAUCCAGACGAGUAUACCGUUUUCGGUUUGGGAUGGACGAAAUAAGCGGCUUAACCGCGCUGGCACGCAACGAGAAGAUGGACUCCGGCAAAUUAAUCUACGGGAAUGGCCACAAUUUGGCCCCGGUCGACGAGAUUAGGGAAUGCGCGGUAAUUACUUCCUUAAUAACAAAGAUUAAUAUCGUUUACGCAAUAAUACUUCCAAUGGUGUUGUUCGGGUAAAACUUCGGAUGCCAGAAAAGCCAGAGUAAACGGAUCGAUGGCUUCGAAUUCGGAUCUAUAAGAACGAUUGCGUGGGAAUUAGCCUAAAUGAAAAUCGACUUAAAGCAACGAUUUGGACAAAAAUAUAGACCCGUAUUAAAUACGAAGCAUGGAGGAAUUCGAGGAAAUAGAAAUGACGGAAGGUAAAUUUUUCCCGCAAAGAUCCGCGUACGGUUCAAAUAUCUAAACGAUUUCAUCAUUUACGAAACGGUUCGGAAUCGGAAUAGGUAUUGUACCCGUACAUAUUUGACUCGAAUGCUUUACUCUAUAUAUUUAAUAUCGCCUUUUGUUAAUUUAUUAAUAUUACUACUACCGCUGCUAGAAAAUAAUAUUUCGUCGCCUUUAAAAACAUUAAGAUAAAAUAGUUUUUCUAAUUUUUAUUUUUUAUUUUGAAAAUGAACAUGUUCGAAAACCUUAAACUAGGCGAACAUAAAAAAUAUAUUUGAUUUUUAUCCGCGGGGUUCUCGUUGGCGGGGAGGCAAUUUCUUUUUCUUCCAAACAUUACCUUUUGUAAAUUAAAUGUUUUUUAGAAACGUUCCGAAUUUUUAAUUUUUUACAAAUACACAUUAUUCGGAAUAUUCGGAAAAUCGAAAAGAAAACGGAGAUGGAAAGAUAAUUUUAAUUACCAAAAUUCUAUAAUGGCGGAGAUAAAAAAAACCAGAGAAACGUACCGGGCUACAAAUUGAAGAAAAUGAGGACAAAAAGUGAGAAGAACAAAUAUAGAUACGCGCGUGAAAAAUAUAUCGAUGAAAAUAUAAUUAUACGCUCACUUGUCGGUUCUAUUUUCGUAAUUAUUCCGACGCGUAAGACAAUUCGAAGAAAUCGAUCGUGUCGGACGACUGUCGUUUUUCGUAACGAAAUCAAUUUAUUGGCAAUUAAAAUAUAUCGCUAAUUAAAUUCAAAUUUUAAAAAAUGUUUUAACGAAGUUUAAGAAUUUUCCAAGAAUUCCAUUUUUCUACAACCUUUUUUGCUUUAUUUUACAUAAUUCGUAGUAAUUUUACGUAGCCACGCCGAUAGACGACUACCCGCUGCUGGGAAUUUGAAGAAGCGCCGAAAGACGUCGCAAUGGUAAUUCGAAUAUAAUUAAAAUUUGAAUCGUUAGCAUUAAUUAUUAAAGGCGCUUCGAAUACCGGUAUAAAAUAAAUAUAGUAUUUUAUAUAACUUAAAGCUUAAAAGAGUUAACGCGUAGCUUGUCUGGGGCGCCAAAAUUUUUUUGCUGCGGCCUUGCCCAGAAGUAGAGUAAAACGAAAUAAAAAAAAGUGUAAGAUUGUUAUUAAAUACAAUUACAAAUAACCUUAUUAAUAAUCCGCUCUAAUUUAUAAAACUUUUAAUAAGAGCGUAGAAGCUAACCCAGUGUUUCUCAACAUCUAACGAAUCGUCGCCCCCUUCAACGUAGUA